CAAAAUUUUAGGGCAUCCUCCAAAAUUUGAGAGGCAAGCGGCAAUUUUUUCCACAAUUGUUUAUCAAUAUCUCCCGUCGACGAAUCUCGGUGUGCCCAAUCUUUGAAUCAACAGAUUCCUCUUCAUCUGCCCUUCCACAAUCAUCAUUCGGAGAUUUCAAUAGGUUCUGGAACAAUGGCCAAUGGGGAUUUGUCCAAUGAAGCUCUCGUUCUGUUGAUUUUAGACAUUAUUCGUGUACAUCGAUUAAGGAUUACUUGCUGCCUUCUAGCAUAUGGUCUACUAGGAGAUGGAGACGAAGAUUUGGGUGGUCGAAGGGUUAGGCGUAGGUUUUCUCAUACAGAACGCAUUCCCGCACAGGUGCAUCGCCUCAAUCGACUUUUGGGGCUAAAUGACCAGGAAUGUAUUGACAGUCUUCGAAUGGAUAGGAAUUGCUUUGGCCGACUAUGUAUACUACUACGUGAACGGGGUGGCUUAGUAGAUGGAAAAUAAAUUAUGGUCGAAGAACAAGUUGUCAGUACUUGCCCAUCACAAGAAAAAUCGCGUGGUUCGAUUUGAAUUUUGGCGUUCCGCGCAGACUGUAUCACAGUAUGUCCAUGUUGUGCUCAAAGCUGUGAUUAUGUUGCAUGAACUAUUGUUGGCGAAGUCGGUACCAGUUGAUGAGCACUGCCAGGACGCGAGGUGGAAGUGGUUUCCGGGUUGCUUAGGAGCAUUGGAUGGGACAUAUAUCAACGUAUUAGUUGAUAGCGAAGAUAAACCACGCUUCCGGAGUAGGAAGGGCCAGAUUGCAACAAAUACAAUGGUAGUUUGUACUCGGGACAUGCGUUUUGUUUACGUUAUAGCCGGUUGGGGGGGAUCUGCCGGAGACGCUAGAGAGUUACGUGACGCAGUGACACGUGAACAUGGUUUAAAAGUACCUAGAGGCCAAUAUUACUUAUGCGACAACGAGUAUGCAAAUAGUGAAGGAUUCCUUACCCCGUUCAAAGGCGUCCGCUACCAUCUCAAAGAAUGGGGCCCUCAUGCGGUGAUGCCUCAGAAUCCACGAGAAAUGUACAACAUGCGUCACACUAAAGCGAGAAAUGUGAUAGAGCGUGCGUUUGCCAUUGUGAAGAUGAGAUGGGGUAUAUUGCGAAGCGUGUCUUACUACCCAAUCAACACACAGGUGGAGCUGAUCCUAUCUUGCUUUCUCCUUCACAACUUUAUACGAGGCCAGAUGGCAGUGGAUCCAAUAGAGCUAGAGUUAGAUGGUCAUCACAUCGACAUGGGUUUGCAAGAGGAGCUGCCAGAGGAAAAUGUUUAUGUCGACACGGUUGAGGCAACGCCGGCGUGGAAUAAUAAACGUGAUCAACUAGUUGAAGCUAUGUGGCUUCACGAAGGUUGAAGCCAAACUCCUUGUGAUAAAACAACUACUACAAAUGGAUUCAAUGUCGAAGCUGAUGAAGAAGAUGUAUUUGAAUUCUAUGUUCGUGUUGUAAUUGAAUUCAGAUUAUGCAAUUGUUGUGGUUUGGUGUUUGUUUAUCAAAUUAUCUGGUAUUGCAGCGUAUGUAAGUAUAACAAUGUCAUGUGACAAUUUAGAUUUUUUUCAGUAGUUUUAACUAAAGUACUUUGAUUAGUUUGGCCGGUGCCGCCUUCUAGAUUC